AUGGAUCCCACGCUGCUCAUUGGUGACAUUGUCGAACGAAGCGAAAAGGGGUCGAAACCGGUCGAGUUCCCUUCGGGCCCCAUCUCGUCGACCGGGUUUCCUCAGCACAAGCGACGAUGGAAACCCUCAGCGUUCAAGCAGCAACGCAGUGGCGGUGCGUCGCGGCCUGGGCAGCCGCAAGAGCCCAACCAGUCACAGAGCUUUGAAGAGGUCGAGAGAAGGCGAAUAGAUAGAGAAAACCAGCAAAAGAUCAACGACAUGACGCCCCAAGAGAUAUCUCAGGCGCAGGAAGACAUAAUGAAGGGACUGAACCCGGCGCUCAUCCAACGCCUUCUUCAAAGAGCCAACAUUGACGAGCCCGAUCCAAACUCGCCAUUUAACAUACCUGAACCGCAAGACACUUCGUCUCCAUCGACUAUAAUUCCUGAGGUCCGCCUUCACGACGUGCCAAAAGCGGCCACCGUUGAGGACGACACUGCAGACGUCGCCGAACCAAAACCAGAGCCUAAAUUAAAAUCUCCUUCUCCCCCUACUACUACUACCGCCCAGACGAAGUCAACUAAGAAAGUCGCUGAUAACUACGAUGAAGAUCGAGAGCCGUCUCAAAUCCCGCCAGACCUCUUCCCAAUUACCGACCUUCCGAAAUCAACACACUUCCCUGUUCCCCCGAGCCUCCCGGACCUGGACCCUUCGGAUCCCAAUUUCCUUGCCACGCUGCACGAAAAAUACUUCCCCAAUCUCCCUGCCGAUCCGAGCAAGCUGGCUUGGAUGGCGCCCGUUCCCACCCAAGAUAGUCCCGCUGACAGAGACUCGCCAUACUAUCCCCAUCCCGAGAUCAGUGUUUCAGCAUUGCGCUUCGAUUUCCGGGGUCGUUUCCUGUCACCGCGAGUGAGCCGGUCGAUUCCCUCGUCCAAAGGACUGCAUCACCACGGAGAAGCCCCCGAGGCUGCAGGCUACACAAUCACGGAGCUCGCUAGGCUGGCCAGAAGCGCUGUCCCGGCGCAGCGCUGCAUAGCGUUUCAAACUCUAGGCCGCAUCUUGUAUCGUCUAGGGCGCGGCGAAUGGGGAACGACUCUGAAUCAUCCAAUUGCAAUGGGAAUUUGGAAUGCUGUCAAGGAGGGGCGCGUACUAGAGAGUCUGGCUGAGGCAAGCAUGGGCGAGGGCGGGCACAGGGGCAGCAGGGCGUAUGCCGUGGAAGCCCUCUGGCUGUUCGAGAAGGGUGGAUGGCGCGAGAAGCUGCAAGUGAGGUAA